ACCUCCCUGCACCUACCCUCUUCCAUCUACCGGGGAGCGAAGUCGCUUGGUGGCCGCCAGCCCGGGAAGGGGCGCCAGCCAGUUGGCGGCGGAGGCAAGGCUUCUAGAGGGGUGUCUUGUCUAGGGAGAGGCUUGGGGCUGGGGUGUGUCUGCAGUCGGUUUGGGAGAGUGGGCUGGAGCACAAAGAAUGCGUGGACAAGGGGCAGCAGAGGAGGUUCCUGGCUUUAGGGUCUUUUCCCCGCCGCAAGUGUGCAUUUCAGAGGGACUCGCGCUGCUAGCCUAGUAGGCGACAGCAUCCCCGCCUAGACUCUGUUUCCCAGAAGGCUAUGCGCAAGGGAGGGUGCUGGCUGGGCGGCCAGCGCUGCGCUUGCGCAGAGCGAGAGCUGGAGCUGGGGGAGGGAGGGGGAGGCGUGCCCGCGGUGGGGCGGCGGGGAGGGGGCCGCGCGGCGGGGAGGGGGCCGCGCGGCGGCGGCGCCGGGGCGGGCGCGCGUCCGCGGCGGUGAUGGCGGUGCGUGAACGCGCGGCGGCAGCAAUGGCCGCUCUGGAGCGGCGAGUGCCGAGUCUCGAUGACUUCGCGGGACAGAGCUGGAGCUCGUGGGUGGAACGGGCCGACUUGCCCGCGGCCGACGGGGCUGAAUUGGAGGAGAGUAACAAAAACACCAAGAAGCUGGAUGCCAUGACCCUCAUUAAAGAAGACAUGUCCAUCUUUGGGCACUGCCCUGCCCAUGAUGACUUCUAUUUGGUUGUGUGUAACCACUGCAGCCAGGUGGUGAAGCCUCAAGCUUUCCAGAAGCACUGCGAAAGAAGACAUGGGCCCCUCAGCAAGCUUUACACACGGGCCCCGCCCCCACCUCCAGCCCCCGCCAGCUCUCAGAAAUGCCAUGUAGUGAAUGGGCAGGGACCAGCUUGUAGAGCCCCAGGUUCUACCAAAACCACCUCCAGGGAGAAAGGGCAGGGGUCCAGGAGUCGUGGCCACCAGCCUCCAGAGAAGACCCAGAAAGACAACCUCUGCCUUUUUGUGCCUGUGGUGAACCUGGAAAAGAUGUCCAGCCUCCCGAAGCCUGAUGGUCCUGGAAUCAGGGUGGCCCCACCCUCUGCUUUCCUCAGCCAGCCAGGCAGCCUCACUAAGGACUCUCCUGGAAAAGCCCCCAUGGCUCCCCCUUCUAAAGAACCUCCUGGCAGAGAGAACAUUGAGAUAACCCCCAGCGAGGGCCCAAGUCACCGGGUUGAAGGCAGCCCCCCUGAAAAGGAGCCUAGUGGGGCCAGGCUGACUCCCAAAAGCCACCGAAAGAUGGCACGGAAGGAGUGUGAUCUCAACAGGCAGUGUGGGGUCAUAAAUCCUGAGACCAAAAAGAUCUGUACCCGCCUGCUGACCUGCAAGAUCCACUCGGUGCACCAGCGCCGGGAGGUCCAGGGCCGUGCCAAGGACUUUGAUGUGUUGGUGGCAGAGCUGAAGGCCAGCUCCCGCAAAGGGGAGUCCCCCAAGGAAAAGAGCCCAGGGCGCAAGGAGCCAGCUCUCAAGCGCCCUUCCCAAGAGCCUCCCUCCUCAGUCCAGGUUGUGGCAGCAGCAGCUACUCCCAGCAACACCUUCUCCUCGCGCACGAAGCAGGCCUACCCCUUCUGUGCACUGCCCAGGUCUCGGGCCUCCUCUGAGAGUGAGUUGGAUGAUGAAGGACCUUGUGGUGGUGAUGUGGACCCAGGCCUGUUCCCCUUCCCUCUGCCCCGGGGUGGGGCCCAGGCCUCCAGUGAGGAGAGUGAGGAGGAGGGGACAUCUGAUGACCUCCACCUCUACCCUGACUGCCACUAUGCAACCCGGCCCCCGAGACCACAGGCGUUCUGCACUUUUGGGAGCCGGCUGGUGAGUCCAGGAUGCUAUGUGUUUAGCCGCCGGCUGGACCGGUUCUGCUCAGCACUGAGCUCCAUGCUGGAGCGGCACCUCAACUCACACAUGUGGAAGAAAAUACCGCCAGCGGCUGAGCCUCCAUCCCACCUUGUUAGCUCCCCCCUGUCUGCUCCCCUGAGCCCAUCCUCUGCUGGCAGCUGCCCUCGCCUUCCAGGCCCUCCCCCCAGACCUGCCUGCCCAGCCUCCACACCCCCCACCAAGGACAGUCUUGUCCCCAACUACCCUGCAGGCUCCCCCAGUGUGGCGGCUGCCUGCAGUCAGGCAGAGUGCAUGGGCGGGAGCCAGGCGAUCACCUCACCACUGCCUGCCAACACGCCAUCCCCAUCCUUCAGCAAGCUCCCACCUUCUAAGGCCAGCAAGUCAUCCAAAGGCAAGGACGGGGCUGACUCGGAGGCCCCUUCUCGAAAACGAAAGCUGUCCCCUGGCCCCACCACUUUCAAACGGACCUGCAUCCUGGAGCCCACUGGAAAAGGCAAACCUUCUGGCUGCCGGGGCCUCUCAGCCAAGACUAAAACAGCUCUGAGUGUGGGGCUGAAUGGGACGGUGGGGCCCCGCGUGAAGCGGGCAGGACCCUUGGACUGUCGGGCCUCCCCUCAUCCCCCCACACCCAUUAAGGCUUCUCAGCUGGAUGGCCGGGGAGUAUCUGGACACCCAACCAAGGCCCUGCCCACCAACUGUCUCUCUGAGGAGGAGGUAGCAAAGAAGCGGAAAAACUUGGCCACUUACUGCCGGCCAGUGAAGACCAAGCACUGCCAGGCGGGUGCCCCUGCCGAUGUGGCCUGUCCUGUGCGCCGCAAGAAGCCAGGCCCAGCCCUCGCCUUUGAAGAGAAGUGUUCCACACUGAAGGGCCACUUUCUGAGUUGGCUAUGGCCCUCCCUCCAGGAACUGGAGCUACCUCUGUCCCCUGAAGGAAUGGAAGUGGGACUCCAUGAGCUCUGAUAAACAAAGUCAAAAGCCCAUUAACGAGAAAGUGCCUGCCCACUGCAAUGGAGCCGCCAGCACCUCCUCCUUUCCAGAUCCGGGCCCCAGGCUGCCGCCGCUUUUUAUAACUUUAUAUUAUUUUUUUUUAAGAAAAAA